UGACGCAGACGUCCGUCUAGACAUUAUUGACACUGUUCUACAGCUCUUCUUCGUUUGACUACUCUCCACACCAUAAUUGCGAAAACUACAAAAUGACCAUUGAUUUCUACUACACUUCAUGGAGUCCACCAUGCAGGACUGUAGAAUUGUUGGCGAGCAUCUUGAAUAUUAAACUUAAUCCAAUUGUGACUACACCAAGUAAAGGAGAUACGCAAAAACCUGAGUAUAAACAAUUGACCCCUCAACAUACGAUUCCGACCAUCGUCGACAACGGUUUUGUUUUGAGCGAAAGCCGAGCAAUUUGCAAAUAUCUCGUAGAAAAAUAUGGUUCUACCACUGGAGCAUAUUGCAAAGAGCAGCUUUACCCCAAGGAUUUACAGAAAAGAGCAACGAUUGAUCACCGCAUUGAUUUCGAUUUGGGAUCUCUUUACAGAAGAGCAUCUGAUUAUAUUAGCCCAGUGUUCGCAACAGGGCACUAUGGAACUGCUGCUAUACCAAAAUUGACAGCCGCCUUAGAAAUACUUGACGCGUAUUUGUCAAGAACAAAAUGGGUAGCCGGUCCUGACAUAACCCUCGCCGAUAUCGUCGUAGUGGUCACUAUAUCGUCUUUGGAGAUUAUAGGAUAUGAUCUGACCAGUUAUCCUAAUGUAUUGAGAUGGUUCAAGACUGCACAGGAAACAUUACCCAAUUACAAUGAAGCCAACCACAAGGGAAUAUUAGGAUUUAAAGAAUAUGUGUUUUCAAAAUUGCUAGACAAUUAAAAAUCUAUUAAAUAUUUUAAAUAUUAAUUUA